UUGUUGAUCCCCAUGUUUUUUUCUUCAGAUUAUCCAUCAAAGUAUUGUUGAUCCCAAUGUUUUUUUUCUCCUCAGAUCAUGUGUAAUAGGAUCUCUGAUGACGUCAAUGGCUAUUCCAAUCCCUAAGUUUGCUGGUCCAAAUGAUAUAAAUACCAGUACCCUACAUCAUCCAACAUCAGUCCACUGAAGCUAUCAACAAGACAACACGCGAAAAGAGUAAAUAUUGAAACUUGAACUUGACAAUGGAACCAGCAGCAAAGAAAUUCAAAGGCAGAGCACUCCCCAAAGACAUCAUGCGCCAACUGACGGACUGGUUGCAGGCAGUUAUUGAGCCCAUACCACCUGUUUCUGCAGGGAGCCGCGUUCUGUAUGAUUCACUGGAGGAGAAAAUCGCUGAAUCAUUCCCAGCAACUCACAGGAUUUUUACAAGAACGUUGAUUGGGAGAGAGCUUUCAAAGCUUUUCCCCGAUGCAAUGGCAGCAGGAAGGGGACAGCUGAAAAAAGACCCAGUUACCAAGAAGCGGCCACACUACUACAAACAUCUCUCCUGGAAGAGCUCAGCUCCAAAUACAGACUUCGGUGAAGAAAUGAUUGACGACGGGAUUCGAAACAGUGACAGCUGCCGUGCCGUGAUCGUGAAUAGUGAACAUCCAGUGCAAUCCAUUACGGCAACUACAUGCAAUACAGAGGUUCAAACAGACAUCGAGCGGGAGGAUACCAGCAAAGACAUCGAGAUUGCUCGACUCGGAUCGGUGAUUGAUGACCUCAAAAGCAAGCUAGCUGCGGAGAAACGGGAGAAAGAACGCCUUUAUCGCCUUCUUGCAUCCAGGCAAACGCGACCAGAGGAUAUCAAUGUCGUCUUCGACCAUAGAAACGCCCCCAGCCAUAAGAACACAUCAACUCUCCACCACAUUGGAGAAGGUGGCUUCGGGAAGGUUGACGCAUGCCUUAUGCCCGGAUCAGGCGAGAAAGUGGCAGUCAAAGUUCUCAAGCAAAAGAAGGACUUUCUGGAGGAGCUGCGCUACCUGAUUGCUGUACAGAGCGAGCACAUCGACAGUAUUCAGCGCCUAAUUUCUUUCGACGUUAAAGACAAGGUAAUCGUCUCAAACCUUGUGGAGUACGACGAUCACACCCAGUCGUCUCUAUGGCAUGCCGUUUCCGAUCCAGAAGAGUAUGACCUACAAACCAAAGACUAUAUUCAUCAACUGCGUUGCUUCAUCCAUUCCGUACAACACAUCCACAGCCUUGGAAUACUCCACAACGAUCUCAAGACCGACAAUUUCGUCAUGAAAUCACGCACUGCAGGCGUUCUUAUAGACUUUGGAGUGGCAUGCUCCAUGCUUAGCCCAUUCACUUGGUCUCAGGUAAAUUCGAAUCAGACCUGGAUUGCACCAGAAGUUCGGGAAGCCAGAUCACCAGUAAGCAUCGCCAGUGACAUCUACUCAAUAGGAGUUGCGUUCGAGGAUAUCUCAUCCCUUGUUGAUGAUUGCCGUCUACGCUCAGCGAUUACCGCCUGUUCAGAGCCUGAAGCUUUUGACCGCCCAGGAAUAGGUUUCCUGGAUGAAAUUCUUUGUGCCAUUUUAGCUAGUUAAUACCAAGAGGACAAUAGUGUGUAUAAAUGAUCUAUUUCAUUUAUGAAAUCGUAAAAUAUAAUGAACUCUGUAAUUACUGUAUCCUAUGUAAUUGACAAAUAUAUAGAAAUAUAUGCAUAUUUUAUACUUAAACUUUUUGUUUUGUUCUGUAUCGUUUUGUGACACUUGUUGAUAAGGUUGAUCCGUCCUGUUAUUUAUGUUAUAAAUUGUACAUUUAACCUAAUGAUAUGCAUACAAAAAUAAGUUUUCGUUCAGCGCAUUCCCUCAUCCUUUAUAAUAUUUAAUCCCGGGGAUUUUAUACCGAUUCCUUAUUGUAUUUCAUGCACUUGAAUAUUGUUUUCUUUUUAACAUUUAAAAAUGCAUCAUCAUCAUUAACUUCUGCCACAUAAUUAUACAAAAAUUAAUUUU